GGCGGGGCCUAGCCCAGAGAGUAGCCUGUAUGUCCCUCUCGGCUCCCCGUACAGGAAGCCAGGGCUGGAGAGGAGGGAGCCACCCGGACAUGGCGGCUGUGGGGAUGAAAAAGCUAGCAGCUCUCCCUGCCUUUGUGUCUCUGCGUGUGCACGCCAUAGCCGAAGAGAAAGGCCCCAAAAAGUCACUGAAACCCACUCAGCUCCCUAUUUAUAAUGUACCAUCUCUCCAUUCUCAGUACAUUGAAGAGCAGCCUGGCCGUUUACAAAUGGGCAUUGCUUCCAUCCGAACAACAGCCUGGCAUUAUGUUGGCUGGUGCAAAGGUUUUUAUGUUUGGAUGAAAAAUGGAAUAAAGGAUACAGUACAGUUUGGGAAAGAUGCAUAUGUUUAUCUGAAGAAUCCACCACAAGAUUUUCUUCCAAAAAUUGGUGUGAUUACAGCUUCAGGAUUGGUGGGCUUGAUUUCAGCAAAAAAAGGCUCUAAAUUUAAGAAAAUUGCUUAUCCGUUGGGACUGACCGCUUUAGGAGCAUCUGUUUGCUACCCAGCUCAGGCAGUAGUGAUUACGAAGGUUACUGGGAAAAAGGCAUAUGCUACAAGCCAGUGGAUUUAUGAAGUUCUUGGGUCGUUGUGGACAGAAAACUAUACACAAAAAGAAACUGAACUCAAAGAAGAAAUGAAGCUUAAAAGAGACAUCAGACUCGACACACCUUCAACUAUAGCAGCAGAGACAGAAUCCAAAGUGUCCAUAUUCAGUGCUGAAGUAGUGAGCAAACCAGAACCAUCCUCAGCAGGUGCUGUUACAGCCACACAGUUUAAGGCUGACCCCAAGCUCAUGGAUCACGGUCAGUCCAAUCCAGAAGAUAUAGAUAUGUACAGCACUAGAAGUUGAAAUACACUGCAUACAGAUCUUCAAGAAGUAGAAAGCUUGGCACAUAAGAAAAGUCACAACGGAAACAUAAUAAAACUGGCCCCCAUAGGCUAUAUAGCUUAAUUGGGUGUUUUCUUAAAUUUCCAUUCAUCCAUUCAUACGCACAGUUUGCUAACUCAUCACAUAGUGAUCAAAGCAAUCCUUGGUGAUUGACACCAAAGUUGAGUUCGGUGUCAUCAGGAUGCGUUUGAUGCCAUACAAUGGAGCUCACUUAACAGAGAAGACAAAUAAAGAUGUGAGCAUCACAGAGUCUUUGACAUUUUAAAUAUCUCUUGGAUUUGGCUGCCCUCUUAAUAUGUCAGCUAAGCAAGAAUCCUGGGUAAAUGUUUUCUUUCUUUUUUACACUUUGGAGGUCUGGAGCAAAAUAUUCCCAUUAAAGUUCCGGGGCCUGAUGUUGGCAUUUUCAACCAUCUUUAAAUGUCAGAAACCAGCUCUGGCUGAUGCAUUUGUCUAAUAUAUUGCGUUCCUUUAAUAUAUUUAAACACCAAGAACAGAGCUUUUCAGCAUCCUUCCUUUACUCUCAGAAGUAAUUGAAAUAAAAUAAAUUUGCAUGACAU